UGUAAUUACCAUGACACCAUCGCCAUGUUUACGUUAUUUUUUUUACGUAGGCAAUUUCAUUUCUCAUGAAUUUGUCUCAACUAAUAAAAACAUUUCAUACCGUUAAACACAAAAUAUUGAUUUACCUUUUUUUUAUCGAAGGGAAAAAUCGAAAGAAAAAUGAUAAAUUAAAACUACGGCCAGCAACAACUGUCCGCUCUCGGUUUACGAAGACAUUUGUGCCCGUGACCUAGUGUUUCAUUUUGUAAACAAACCCUCCCCCUAAAAAUUAUUGAAAAAGCCUUACAAUGUGGGAAAGUGGAAACAUUCGAUACCGCGAUGAACUUAUUAAAGUCAUUCGGGAUAAUGUCCAAAUUUGUGAAAAGAAAUUUGGAGGAAGAACUUUGUUAGCUACAGAAGCUGAACCGUCAGUAAUGAAAGUUAUCAAUGGCUUCGAACUUAUACUUCAAGAUGGUUUGAAAAUAAAGAAUGGAGUCAACUUGAAGAGCAUAAACCUCAAUGUCAACAGUUUCAGCUUAAGACAUGUUACCGAAUUAGUUUCCAAUGGAAUAAGCAUGGUAAUGAAUCCAGUGGGGCAGGCAGACCAACAGAUACCAGUUUUUUGGCACUUUGUGCGAAACCAUCUGACAAGACAUGAACAAGAAAGAUAUUAUAACAUUCAGAAUGUAAGCACAGACUAUGGAAGAGGAAGAGCAUGGCUGCGUUCAGCUAUCAAUGAGCAUUCACUUGAUCGUUAUUUGCGGAUGCUUUUCUCAGAUGAGAAUCUCCUUUUUAACUAUUAUGAAUCCUCAUCUCUGAUGAAUGAUACCUCAUCAAGAGAGUGUUUACUUACUUCAGCAAAAGAUUUGCGUUCUGUGAUAUUUGCUCUUGUAGUUGAUCGCAAAGAGCUGGACCAAGUUGAUGAAUCUAAGAAAUUGAUGAUACAAAGUCUUCGCCCAGAACCCCAAGCAGUUAAGAUGCCAGUUGCAGAACAAGAGCAAACAAAACGAAAAAAAAAAUCCAAAGUUCGGGUUGUUGAUUUCGAGAGUGAUGAUGAAGAAGAUGAAAAGCCCGCAAAAGCUUUCAAUAGUGCAGCAAUCACGAUUCCACAAAGUGGCAGUACACCAUCCUUAAUAUUCCAACACACCGGAAGUAGCCCGAGCAUCAAAUCCGUCGACUCGCAGGAUGCACAAUUGGCGGAAACGAAGCGCUCCAACAUGAACCUAUCUGAAAUGAGACAAAUGCUCCUAGAUCUCACUGAUAAGAAAACCCAGUUGGAAGAAGUAAAAUCAUCCCUUCAGUUACAACUUCAUGGCGUUCAGCUUGAGAAGCAGGAUCUUCAAGAUCGAUUAAAGGUAGCCGAGCAACAAAAUGGUGAAUAUGCGAGGGAAAAUUCCAUUCUCAAAGAACAACUAAAGCACUACAUGGGGGCUGUUCAGAUGUUGAAGAAUUCAGCUAAUAAUGCUCCUACACCAACGUCCACCUCUCCUCCUCCAGAUUACCACCAAGAAGCUGGCCAUUUUGAAGAAAAACUGAUUCAGGUUGCUGAAAUGCAUGGUGAAUUGAUGGAAUUCAACUCUCACCUUCAGUGUAGUUUGAAAGCAGCUGAACGAUUUGCCGACCGCUUAAGAACUGAAUUGGUGCAUUUGCGCGGCCCUUUGCCUUCUGAUUAUGCUAUGAAUAAUGACGAUAAUAGUCACUUGUGUAAUUUGGCUUCAUCAGCUGAAAGCCCCUGGAUUCAUGUUUGGAUCCCAUCUACUUUUCUAGUUCAAGGAACAGUUGAUUCGCAUCACGUUUAUCAGGUUUACAUUCGGAUGGGUGAUACUGAGUGGACUAUUUUCAAGAGAUACUCACAAAUGUAUAAAUUCCGCAAAGAAAUGAGUAAACGAUACCCUUUCACCGCCGAAAUUCAUUUUCCGCCGAAAAAAAAAUUCGGUUAUCGCGAAGAAAAAACGGUGGAAGAUCGACGAAAGAAACUCCAAGAAUUUCUUCGUCAAUUUCUUAAUCUUUGGAUGAGACAUGAGACGUGUAUCACUACUCUCAAUCAAGCUACUUUUGUUAGUCUUUUUUCAUUUUUCAGUGAGCAACCGAAUUCAGCCCCUCAAAGUACCACGUGAAUACGCUAUCAAGAAAUUCAUUCCACAAGUCAGCUUCAUCUUAUGACCAUACAAAAAUUCAGUUGCAUGAGAUUAUUUAAGUUAAAUGCUAUUUGUUCUAAAAGAGUUAUUUUGACGGAUGACACGAAGUAAGGACUUGAUUUGAAUUAUAUAAUAUUGGCGCCACUGCGUCAAAAAAAGCAUUGUGUACAGUGGAAAAAUGUCAAAAAAUGUCAGUAAACUACAACUACUGUUA